AUGUUCCAUCAGCACGAGUAUGUGCCCUGCUUCUCCAAGGAGUUGCCCGUCACCAAGCAGGAGUGGGACGAGGACAAGUUCCUGCAGCGGAUCCACAAGGCCGGCCCCAAGCCGAAGCUCAAGCGGCGCCAUCCACUGGACAGUAAGCAGCAGAUGCGCGGCGUCGUCCUGAAGACGCUGAUUCGUAAGCCGAAGAAACCCAACUCCGCCAAUCGAAAGUGCGUUCUGGUUCGUCUGACCAACGGCAAAGAGGCGACGGCCUUUGUGCCCGGUGAGGGGCACACCCUUCAGGAGCACAGCGUCGUGCUCAUUCACAAGAAGCGCGUCCGUGAUGUGCCCGGUUUGAAGUUGCGCGUCAUUCGCGGCGCCUACGACUGCGCCCACGUCACCAAGGGCCCCAAGUAG